AUGUUAAAGUCAUUCAAGCUUUUGUUAUCGAAAAAUACUGAAAAGAGAUACUGUCUUUAUGUUUCAAUCUAAUUUUAGUUUUGUGGCUAUGACAUUUAUCCUUUUUAGAUAUCAUCUUCGUCAUCAGGUGAUUAGUGGCAAAUUAAGGUAGAGGCUCUUCUAAGCAAGGAUAAAUUAGAAGUAGAGUUGAUGCCUAUGCAAUGUUUAAUUCCCAUGCCUAAAUAAAAUUCAGCAGGAUCGAGAAUUUGUAGCUCUCCGUUGGAAAGUUCAAACCCAAAACGAUUGUCAAGCAUUGUGUUUAUACUAUUAAAUUCAAGCAACUACUAACGUGGAAGAUAGCUAGAGAGAAAAGCAUUUAAAUUAUCACUAAAUUAAUUAAGAUUUAUCUUACAGUGCUUUAACUAUUAUUUCAUAAGCAUUUCUAAUUCAAUUAUUUAUUCAGAACUAUAAUCCAAAAUCUUAUUUAACGAGGAAGUUAUUUCACGUGAAAUCUCACAUUCAUUCUAAACAUAACUACUGAAAGAUUGCUAUGAAUUAACUCCUUCUUAUUAUUAUAAUUGUUUUCCAAAUAUAUUUAAGCAAUUAUUUUGCUGGUUCGAAUUAUUAAUUUAAUUUAAAGGGGUUAUAUUCUAAGGAAAGUUUUAAUUAUUAUUAUUAGAACAAGCAUUAUUUAUAUAUAAAAUUUAACUAUUUUAGUCUUAACUACUACAUGAAUUCAGUUGGGUAUCGGAUACCAUGUUAAAAAAAGAAGAACAUUUUAUUCUAGUCUGA